AUGCGGAUCAGUUUAAACUAAAUCGCACACGAUAAAUAUCAGUCAGUGCCUGUAUUCGGUAACUUAUACUUUGAUCAUUGUCUGUGAUUCAUUAACUGCAUUAUAGUGCUAUAUUUGCCUCAAGACCACCACAGCAGAAUACCCAUGGAAGACCAAACUUGUCUCAUUGAUGUGGACCCUACAAGGGAAGCAGCAGCAGGUGAGGGUUUCCCAGCCCCUCCCCCUUACAUCUACACCUGCACUCUGACUCCUGAGCUGGUGGCCAAGGCUCGUGAGGAGCUACAGGAGAAGCCUGAAUGGAGGCUCCGAGAUGUUCAGGCAUUACGAGAUAUGAUACUGAAAGACCACCCUAAUCUGAGGACACGCUUGGAUGAUGCAUUUCUCCUGCGCUUCCUCAGGGCCAGAAAGUUUGAUUAUGACCGGGCUCUUCAGCUUCUCUUGAAUUAUCAUGCCAGCAGGAGGGCCUGGCCUGAGGUGUUCCAGGAUCUGAAACCCUCUACAGUGAGGCAUGUGCUGGACCUGGGCUUUCUCACUGUCCUGCCAAGACCAGAUCCACAUGGACGGUACAUACUGUGUUUACGACCAGGUAAAUGGAAGCCUAAUGAUUAUCCAUUUGUGGACAACAUUCGGGCUAUUUAUUUGACACUAGAAAAGUUGAUUCAGCCCGAGGAAACCCAAGUGAAUGGAGUUGUUAUCCUAGUGGAUUAUGCAGGGGUUGGCCUCUCUCAAGCCUCCAAUCCAGGUCCUCUUCUGGCAAAGAAAGUUGUCGGCAUCCUUCAGGAUGGGUUUCCAAUCAGAAUAAAGGCAGUGAACAUCAUAAAUGAACCACGUAUCUUCAAGGGUAUAUUUGCUAUAAUUAAGCCUUUUCUUAAAGAGAAAAUGGCAGAGAGGUUUGUGCUGCAUGGCUCAGACUUGGUUUCUCUGCACCGAGUCAUCCCUCAGUCUGUACUGCCUGAGGAAUAUGGAGGAGUGUCUGGUAGACUUGACAUGUCAGCCUGGUCCAGAACGCUCCUGGAGGCUGAAGAAGAGUUUGUGGUGGAGUUUUGUCAGCCCGAUCCUCUAGAGGGGGCAAUUUUGCCCGACGACAUGCUGUUUGAUGGAGUGCCACCAGGAGGGCAUGGAGAGGAUGCCUUUCGACAUUUACGUUCUCAACUUUACUAUUGUUACUGACCUCCGGUGACCUUGUCUCUGGUUCUUUUAAAACUUUUGCUUUGGUUUGACCAAUUAUGAACAAGGUCAAGAUAUAUAUACACUGUUUGCACAAUGCCAUUUGGUCACAAGUCUGACCAAAUCAAGUUUUUAUUGUUUAGGUGCUGGAUGUAUAUUUAGUUUCAAAUCGUACUUUUGACACUUUAGUGCUGGUCUAAUCUGGUAAUCGUAUUUUUUAUACUUGAUUCAAGAACAUUUUCAGAGCAUAAUAUUUAUAGCCAUAAUCUUUCUUUUCAGAUGGAGUCAUGGGUUUUAAUAUUUAAUCAGUAUUUCUGAAUUUAUUUUCAGUUAUAUGUAGUCAAUGCUACAUAAUUUUUUUAUGUCUUAAAGAAUGCUUGCCUUAUUUUGAAGGGAAAAUUAGAUGGUUAAUCUUCUGUGUCAACCACCAAUACAAAAAUAUGUUUUACUGUACAUAGCACAUUGGAGAUUGUGGACCAUGUCAGUUAAAUUCAAAGCAAUAACAAUGUGCAUUCAUUCUUAAAUGUAAAUGUAGUCUGCCUCAGUAUUUUAUAACUCAUAUACGCUGCAAUAUAGUUGCACAAAGAUAAACCCUGUAAUUUUGGACUAUUGAUUAGUCUACAAAGAAUAAUAUUAAUGUUCAUUUUGAUUUUUGGACAGCACAGCUCCAAAACUGGUCUUUAGUUUUUAAUGCCUUUUACAGUACUUUUCACAAAAUACUGUGCGUUACCAAAUGUAUAACUCUUUAAAUAGACAGUUGUGUUUUUAAAAAUUAUAAGUUUAUAUGCUUUAGACAUAUCUAGUGUGAUAGAUGUGCUUUUACAGAACAAUUUUUUGGUACUAAUGGAAAUUAGCUCAAUAUGUUGUAUAGUAAAUUAUGCCCCAACCAUAUUAAGGUUAGUGGCCAAUAUAGAGUUCACAAUGUGUGUUUGCACAAUGUUAUUUGCCAAAAUACUUCAGUUGGAUAAUACCCUUAAAUAUUGUAUUGUUGUGUAGAAUAAAGUGUGGGGGUAGUUUUAUCUUA